AUGUCCUACACAGCUUGCACUUCGUCUUCCACAAGGCGCUUCAGCACAGUCGACAGACAAUGCCGCGAAAUCGGCUACAGUUUCGAGGCUGUGGUGAACGCAGCUUGGGCUAUCGCAUUGUGGUCAUACUUAGGAGAAGACGAUUUCGACGACGAACUUCACAACAACCAUGCAGAACAUGCAAAGUUGCAUGAGGAGACAGCGGACAGCACAGAAGCUGCUGCAAGAUCCGCACAUCCCGUACGCCUUGUGUGCAACACAUCCACAGAGAACCUCGACUCCUCUGUGCAUUUCGACCAACAAGCAGUGGACCAACAGUCUGCCGAGGGACUUUCCGCUGCUUUUACUCACAUUCUAGACUUGGUCAUGUCGAGUCCGGAUAGCACCCUUGACUCGGUCAAUCUAGUCAGUGAGCACGACACAGCACAGAUGUGGGCCUGGAAUAAUGUACAGGCUCCAGAGACUGUCAACAGCUGCGCCCACACGCUCUUUCACCGACAGGUGAUGGCGCGACCCACGGCGCUGGCCGUUGACGCCUGGGACGGGUCCUUCACAUACGAGGAGCUGGACCGCUCUUCUACACGCAUUGCACACUACCUCGUCUUGCAAGGGGUUGGGCCAGAGUCUGUAGUCCCCCUCUGCUUUGAUAAGUCACGCUGGGCUAUCAAUGCCUUGUUGGCUGUCAUCAAAGCUGGCGGUGCCAUGGUAUUCAUCGACCCUGCCAACCCGGCAAGCAGACGGCAAGAGAUUAUGCGGCAACUGAACAAGACUAACGAUAGCGUUGACUUCAUCCUCACCGAUGCGUGUAACGCGUCAUCCUGGGAGGCCAUUGGAGUCCGUCCAAUCAUCGUCGACGAGACCCUGGUCAAACGUCAGCGUGAGUAUGGCGCUGUGCCGCGCACUGGAGUCAGCCCGACUAGUCUCCUUUACGUGAUCUUCACCUCCGGAUCCACGGGCACACCGAAAGGGUGUCUCAUCACACAUAAUGCCUUUCUUUCUGGUGCGUUGCAGCAUGCCGCUGGUUCCAAUCUUGGGCCAGAGAGCCGUGUUAUGCAGCUGGCCUCGUACAGCUUUGACGUGAGCGUGUUGGAGAUCCUGACGUCUCUGAUAUCUGGCGCUUGUGUCUGCACGCCAUCGAGCGCUGCCAUGACACAGAGCCUUGCAUCUAUCGUCAACGACUACCGCAUCACUUGGGCCUUUCUCACACCUUCACUCGUAAAGCUCAUCCAGCCACACGAGGUUCCGACUCUGAAGACAUUGAUUCUGGGAGGAGAAUUGCUGCACGCAGCCGACAUCAAGACGUGGGCUGAUCGCGUCCAGUUGAUCAAUGGAUAUGGCCCAUCAGAGUGUUCCAUUGCCGCAGCAGGGGCUGUUCUCAACGUCAACAGCGAUCCCGCUGACAUUGGCCGAGCGCUUGGCGGCUUGGGCUGGGUCGUGCAGGCUGACGAUCACGACAAGCUAGUCCCAAUCGGGGCCGUGGGCGAGCUUCUGAUCUCUGGACCUAUCCUCGCCCGCGGAUACUUAAACAACGCAGAGAAGACUGCAGAGGUAUUCAUCGACAAUCCCGCAUGGCUCAAUGGCUGCUCGGGCCCCGCCGCCGAUUUCAACAGGUUUUACAAGACGGGAGACCUCGCCAAGUUCAACCCCGAUGGGACGAUCCAUUUCAUCGGCCGCAAGGACACGCAGGUCAAGCUGCGUGGCCUACGCAUUGAACUGGGCGAAAUCGAACACAACAUCGGUCGGCACUCUCACGUGAAGCAUGUCGCUGUGUACAUGCCAAAAAAUGGCCCCUGCAAGGACAAGCUUGUUGCCGUUACCUCCCUGAACGGCCUCUCGGAGGAAGCUCAGCCAGGAGAUACCAGCAGGCCCAUCGAGAUGCUAAUUAACCCCACCAGCAAAGAGCAACUCAACGCUGUCCAGGCGCAUCUUGCGGGCUGUGUACCGGAGUAUAUGGUACCUGCCGUCUGGAUCGCUGUCGAAGCCUGGCCACUCCUGACAUCGGCUAAGCUGGACCGCAAGAGCGUUCAGAGGUGGCUCGUUGACAUGGAUUUGGACAUGUACCGUCGCGCCAUUGGGGUAGAGACAAGCAAGAGAACACAGGACGAUGACACGAUCCGAGAUGUGGCUGCAAUCGAAGCCAAGCUCACCGAUAUUUUUGGCCGUAUCCUGAAUAUAUCGGUUGAUCUCGUCCCCCGCGACAAAUCGUUCCUUGGCCUCGGAGGAGACAGCAUUGCCGCGAUGCAGGUCAUGUCACAGUGCAGAGCAGUAGGACUGUCAAUCACGGUCAAGGACAUCAUGCGAUGCAAGGAUAUUUCCGAGCUUGCCCGCACUGCCGUACAGUUGACACAGUCCAGCAACGCCUCGAUUACCGAAGAAGUCUUUGAUCAACCUUUCCAGUUGUCGCCCGUACAAUGCAUGUAUGCGGCUAGAUUACGCCCGGAUUACGAGGAAAUGACCGAGGUCCACUUCAACCAGAGCUUCUACCUGCGUCUUGCGAACCAAACACCACGGGCCGUAUUGAAAGCUGGGUUGGAUGCUGUAGUGACUCGACACUCGAUGCUCAGAGCACGCUUCAUGCGGGCCCAGGAUGGCACGUGGACUCAAAAGGUGCUACAGCGGGCUGAUGGAUCCUACCGAUUCAAAUGCCACUCCCUUGAGUCUAUUGACGAGGCAAGCACCGCUGCUACCAUUUCCCAGCGAACUCUGGGUCUUGCAGGGCCGGUCUUUUCCGCCGACUUACUGGAGGUCGGAGACGAGCAGCUAUUGUUCAUGGUUGCUCACCAUGCCAUUAUCGACUGGGUAUCCUGGAGAAUCAUUCUGCGCGAUCUCGAGGAGUUCCUCGCCACCGGAACUCUUGCUGGGACACCACCGCUCCCUUUCCAGAACUGGAUAAACCUCCAAGCGGAGCACGAAGCCAAACGCGCACACCCUGAGAAGUCUCUCCCGUUCGAGGUCCCUUCGCCAGACUUUGCUUACUGGAAUAUGGAGGACAAGCCCAACACUGUUGCCCGAGCGAAGGAACAGGUGUUCCGGCUUGAUGCAGAGUCGACCGCCGCCCUGCUUGGCGAUCUGCCUCACAAGGCUCUACGCACCGAGACUCUGGACUUCCUCUUGACCAGCCUCUUGUACUCGUUUGGGCAGGUAUUCACUGACCGCCAGUUGCCCGCGAUAUUUCGCGAAGGACAUGGACGUGAACCUUGGGAUUCGGCUUUGGACGUGUCCGGCACUGUGGGCUGGUUCACCACCAUGUAUCCCCUGGCAGUGGCCGCCAACGAGGAUUUGGUGGCUAUGCUGAAGAACGUCAAGGAUGCUCGCCACUCAAUUCCAGACAAUGGCCGCGCUUACUUCGCAUCUCGCUUCCAUAACGAGCGCGCAGCUGAGCUCUUCCGCGAGCACGACUUGAUCGAGAUUUCAUUCGAUUACCUUGGCCAGUUCCAGACCCUAGAGCGAUCCGACGCCAUCUUGCGGAGGGAACCACGGCCAUCGUUCCUUGCGCAGUCGGAUGACGUGGGGAGAAACCUGGAAAGACUAUCUCUGGUGGAGAUUACCGUUGAGAUCCUCGAUGGUGAGAUGCAAUACUCUUUUAUCUACAACAAGCAGAUGCAAUUCCAGGACCGCAUUCAGGCCUGGAUCGACGGCACGAAGCAGACUCUUCAUAGUCUUAUUGCACAGAUGACCACGGUUCCACGAAGCUUCACUUUGGCAGAUUUCCCACAUCUAUCGACCAACUACAGCGGCCUCGACACGCUCCUGAAGCACCGACUUCCUGAGGCUGGUGUGUCAGACUUUGACGUUAUCGAAGAAGUCUCCGCCUGCUCUCCUAUGCAACAAGGUUUGCUGGUGAGCCAAAAUCUUGCAAACCAGUCUCUCUAUGAGUAUUGUCAUGUUAUGGAAGUGAAGGCCGUAGGCUUGAACCCCAUCAUUGAUGCCGAGCGCUAUGCGCAUGCUUGGUCGGAGGUGGUGCAACGUCACUCGGCCCUUCGAACCAUGUUCAUCCAGAGCGUGUCAGAAGAUGGCCUUUUCGAUCAGGUCGUCUUGAAAGCUGUCGAGAGCAACACGGUCGUGACCGAAUGUCUCGAGGAGAACGUUUACGACGUCUUUGCGGCACAGAAAGCCGUGGCCCUUACCGACCGGCGCCCACCCCAUCGACUUACUAUAUGUCGCGUGGCCGCCGAUAGGCUCAUCUGCCAAUUGCAGAUCAAUCACGCCAUCAUUGAUGGUGGCUCCAUUGCCAACCUUGUUCGCGACUUCGUUCAAGCUUACAAUGGUUCCCUACCGGAGCAGCUCAGCUUCACAUACAGUGAUUACAUUGGGUACAUCCAAAGUCGGGACACAGAAGAAGACCUUGGGUUCUGGAAGAAUUAUCUCGGGGGCCAGACACCGUGCCUCAUCCCUAAUUUGGCGGAGCUCGAAGAGCUCGCUAAGGCGGAGAACAAGAUCCAGAGCUUCGACAUUGAAAUUACCCCCUCGCUGGCGACUCUCAAGGAGUUUUGCGAGCGAUCCAAUAUUACCCUUGUGAAUCUAUUCCAAGUCGCCUGGGGCAUGGUUCUGAGAACAUUCACGGACUCCCCAGAUGUCUGCUUCGGCUACCUCUCGUCUGGAAGGGAUGCGCCAUUGCCCGGAAUUGAAGAUGGCGUUGGUGCCUUCCUCACCAUGCUCGUAUGCCGCUUGGAUCUUGAUGACGGUGUCACCCUCUCUGACGCCCUCCAGAGGGCUGCCGAGGAUUUUGCGAACAGCAUGCCCCGGCAGCACUGCGGUCUGGCUAGUAUUCAACAUGCCCUCGGCGUUGGACGGGACCCGCUGUUCAACACCAUUCUGUCCUUCAACAGAUAUGACCUACUGGACACUCAGUCCAACGUCCAGGAUGAAAAAGAUGAAACGAGCAUUGAAAUCAACAGUAUUUCCACUCAAGACCCUACCGAGUACCCCCUGAGUCUGGAGAUUGGUAUCUUGAGCAACGGUCUUACGGCUGCAAUGCAACAUUGGACCGAUCACCUAACACCGGCACAAGCACGCAGCAUCGCUAGCACUUUCGACAAGGCGCUUUGUACUAUCGUCGAUCACCCGGAACUUCGAGUCAAGGAAUCAGAGCUUGUCCAUCAGGAUCACUUGAACAAGUUUCUCGAGUUCAACGGCAAUGGGCAACCUAUCCCGGUGUCCGAUAGGCUCAUGUUUGAAUCCAUUGAGGAGAAUGCACGCACCCAACCACACAAGGAGGCAAUCUGCUCAUGGGAUGGGUCUUGGACAUACAAGGAGCUCAACGAUGCCGCGACUCGUCUUGCUCACCACCUGCGAACAUUGGGCGUUGCUCCUGAAACGGUUGUUCCAUACUGCUUCAACAAGUCGGCAUGGGCAGCUAUAACAAUGCUCGCCAUCUCCAAGGCAGGAGGCGCUUUCGUUGGUCUUGACCCGACUAACCCCCAGAAUCGUCUCCAGGAACUAGUAGCCGAACUGGAAUCCUCAAUUGUCUGCGUCAGCCCAGAGAACGCAGUUCUUUUCCACAACAUGCCGCAGAUAAGGGACCUGAUUGUUAUCGAGCCUGACUUCGUCAACAACUUACCAACCAAGAGUGGCGACGCGUGUCCAGAACUGCAGGUAAACAACCUCGCAUGUAUCAUUCUCACCUCUGGCACCACUGGCAGACCUAAAACCAUCGCAAUUGAGCAUUCUUCCAUGUCGACGAUGAGCGACCUUCUCGGGCCUCGUCUGAAGAUGGAUAGCAACUCGCGGGUCUUCCAAUUCGCUGCUUACACCUACGACAUCUCCACACAUGACAUCUUCGUUACUCUGCAGCGAGGUGGCUGCGUUUGUAUGCCUUCUGAGCAGGAGAGAACGCAAGAUAUCGCAGGGGCCAUGAGCCGCCUGGGUGCCAAUUGGGUUAGUAUGACGAAUACCGUGCUGAGCCUGCUGCGCCCAGAAGACGUUCCGUCCUUGAAGUUUAUCAUCACAGGUGGAGAACCUGUGAGCCGCAGCACCGUGCAGACCUGGGUUGGAGCGGGAGUUGAGAUGGUCAUCGGAUGUGGCCCUGCUGAGACAACGAUCACCAUGUCUGUCAGUGCCCCGCUUCAUACCGGCUCCCACCAUCGCAACAUUGGCCCGUCGUAUGGUGGCCGGGCCUGGAUUGUGGACUCGAACGACCACAACAAAUUGGUGCCCCUGGGAGCAGCUGGCGAGGUUUUGCUGGAGGGCCCCCAACUUGCGAGAUGUUACCUUGGCAAUCCUGAGAAGACUGCCGAGUCCUUCAUCUGGAACCCCAAGUGGGCACAGAACAUGACGCCUGGGGUGGAGCGACGCUUCUAUAAGUCAGGAGACAUCUGCCGCUACAACAUGGAUGGUAGCCUCAGUAUUGUUGGCCGCAAGGACACCCAAUGCAAGAUUAACGGCCGAAGAGUCGAACUCGAGGAGAUCAGCCACAAGAUUCGAGCCUAUCUCGGUUCCAGUGUAGCCGUGGUUCUAGAUGCCAUGCCUCUCCAGACGAGCUCCAAAGGCUUGCAUCUGGUUGCAUUCUUGCACUACACCUCGUCCACUACGGUUCAGGAUGAGUCAAUAAUCAUCCCGGCCAGCGAAGAGUUGAUCCAGAACCACAGUGAACUGGAAAGCAGUCUUCUGAGCUCCCUGCCUCGAUACAUGAUUCCUAACAUGUAUGUACCGGUCUCACGUAUCCCGCGUACUCCCAAUGGAAAGCUCGACACAAAGCGUCUCCGUGAGGCCGUCUUAGGUCUCACUGAUGAUGAAGUCUCUCAAUACUCAUUACUGGAUGGAGUCAAGAAGGCUCCGUCCUCGGAAACCGAGAAGGGUCUGCAGUUGCUUUGGGCAAGUGUUCUGUCUCGACCCCUAGAGACCAUUGGCGCCAAUGACGAUUUCUUCCGACUUGGGGGCGACUCUGUUAGCGCCAUACGGCUUGUUGCUGCCGCUCGUGCGCACGACAUGGCUUUGAACGUGUCUAGCAUCUUCAAGUUCCCCAAAUUGGAAGAGAUGGCUGUCUCAAUAGACAGUGCGAACCAGGAGGAGGCGGAUGUCGACCAGGAGCCAUUCAACCUCCUUGAGAGCAGUACCCUGGAAUCUGCAAGAAUGGAAGCAGCUGAGCUGUGUGGCGUAGAGAGCCAGACGAUUGUAGACCUUUACCCCUGCACACCCUUGCAGGAAGGUUUGAUGGCUAUUUCUACACGCUUGGGUGGAGGUUCUUAUAAGGCCCAGAGUGUCUUCCGCCUGCCAGCCAACUUCGAUACUAUCAACUUCAAGUCUGCAUGGCAGGCUGUUGCAGCCCAGGAACCAAUUCUGAGAACAAGAAUUGUCCAUGUCACUGGCCAUGGAAGCUUGCAAGCUGUCCUUGACCAAGGUCUGGAGUGGAUAGAGGUUGAAGACGGUUUGGACUCUUACCUCAGCAAGGAUUUGGAGAUUCCUACCACCUAUGGUUCGCCUCUCCUGAGACUUGCGCUUGUAAAAGCUGCAGAGGAUUGCUAUUUCGUAUGGUCGGCACAUCACGCUGUGUACGAUGCCUGGAGUGCUGCUAUUACCCUGGAACAAGUCAAAAGUGUCUUGCGCGGCGGGGAAGUACUGCCUUCAGUCCCAUACAAGGCGUUCAUCCGACAUAUCCAAAGCGCCUCGUCCAAUGAAAUAUCAAAGGAGGCAUUUUGGGAGUCGCAGUUUCCCGAAGGAAAGGAAGCUCCUACUAGCCUGCCUCUGGUUGCCACAGGCUAUAGUCCAAGCUCGCACGAGACAGUGAGAAGCGGAAGAAGCAUUGCCAUCCCAACCCAAGGAGGAAUCACUAUGUCGACCGUUCUUCGUGCGGCUUGGGCACUCACUGUUGCGAGAUACACCGACAGCGACGAUAUUGUCUUUGCUGUAACCCUCUCCGGUCGCACGGUGCCCGUGGAUGGCAUCUCAACUAUGAACGGCCCCACAAUGACCACGGUUCCCGUGAGAGUUGGCCUCGAUCUGGCCGACGACAGUACUGUGCAGCAAUUCCUCAAAGCUAUGCAGGCUCAGGCCACCGACAUGAUGCCAUUUGAGCAGACUGGCCUGCAGAAUAUUCGGAAAAUUAACAGCACAGCUCGUAAUGUGGUCGACAGCCUUGGAAAUCUGCUCGUGCUGCAACCUGCGUCCUCUUCCACUGAUGAAGUUUUCGAGGGCACGCAGCUCGUUCCCCGCAACCUCGAAAAGUUUGGUGGCUACCCCUUGGUCGUUCUUUGCCACAUGGAAGAUGGCGGCAAAGUCACUAUCGAGGCUAAGCAUGACGCCUCGAUCAUCGACACGGAGCAGAUGCGGCGCAUGGUCCACCAAUACGAGUUCGUACUUGAACAGCUCAGCCGCAAGCCGAGUGCACCACUCUCUCAAAUACACGGAGAGACCAGCCACGAGGAUGUCAAUGAGAUUGUGCGAUGGAAUGGAACGAUGCCUGAGAACAUUGAGGCAUGUAUUCACGAUAUCGUGGCAGCUCGAGCAACAGAAUACCCCAAUGCACAGGCUGUGUGCGCCUGGGACGGCGACUUCACUUACCAAGAACUCGAGCACCUUUCUAACAAGCUUGCAACUCACCUCAAGCAGCUCGGUGUUGGCCCAGAGAUCAAGGUUGGCAUUUGCCUGGAGAAGUCCAAGUGGCAUGUUGUCGCCAUGUUGUCUGUCCUGAAAGCAGGUGGCGUUUAUACAAACCUCAACCCGUCAUAUCCUUCGGCCACGAUGCAGAACAUACUGGACGAUCUUGAGGCUAUCACAGUUUUGAGCUCAUCGCAAUAUGCCAGCCUGUUUUCCUCCCCAACAGCGCUUAUCCUCGAUUCGGGUUUCCUCGCAGCCCUCCCUGAGCCCGCUGCUCCUGUUUCAUCUGAGGCUCGCCCUACAAAUGCCGCUUUCAUCGUGUUCACGUCAGGAUCAACCGGUAAGCCCAAGGGCGUGACAGUGGAACACCAGGGAUUCAGUUCCAUGCAGCAUUACCAGGCACCACAAUUGGGCAUUGGAAAUGCCACAAGGACACUGCAGUUCGCGGCUCACUGGUUUGAUAUCUCAAACUUCGACACAUUUGUCACCCUCAUGCAAGGAGGCUGUGUCUGCAUUGCGUCAGAUGAGGAGCGACUCAACGAUCUCGCAGGGGCUAUCAACAAGUACCAAGUCAACUGGGCCACUAUGGUGCCAACAGCCGCAGCCGUACUACAGCCUGACGAUAUCCCUGGCCUCAAACAUCUGUCACUGGGUGGAGAGCCCAUCCGACCGGACUUGCAUGCGCGGUUCAGCAACCGGGUCGUGCUUAUGAACUCGUAUGGGCCGGCAGAGUGCAGUGUUUUGACCACUAUGGGGUCGCUUCGUCCCGAGACCUCACCACAGAACAUCGGUGUAGGUAUGGGAUGCCGAACAUGGGUGACUGACAAGGACAAUUCUGACCGCCUGGUUCCUAUUGGCUCCAUCGGAGAGCUCUGCAUCGACGGUCCCAUCCUGUCCAGGGGCUACCACAAGGAGGACGGCUUGACAGCCCACGCUUACAUCUCGAACCCUGGUUUCGUGGAGUGCCUGAAGACAGCUUCACCAAGCAGCAAGUCUUUCGACCAGAUGAGACUCUACAAGACUGGUGAUCUCGUCCGUUACUCAUCUGACGGUACAUUGAUCUAUGUGGGUCGCAAAGACUCUCAGGUGAAAGUCCACGGCAGGAGAAUCGAGUUAGGUGAGAUCGAACACCACGUUGUAUCUCAUGGCUUUUCGAACGAUCGUGUUGUUGUCGAGAAGAUUCUUGAAGGAGGAGAUGCAGAAAAGCCUGCUCUGGCUGUUUUCGUUCGUUUCGCAAAAGAAUGUUCGACCUCAUCCUCCCUCCUCGUUACCAACACUGAAAAGGACGAACAGCAGGCUUUGAUCAACCUGCGACGCGGACUCAGCAACAGCCUUCCACCGUUCAUGGUACCAUCUCUCUUCGUCGCAUUGCAGCGCAUGCCUGUGACUCAGACUGGAAAGAAAGAUCGUAAGGCUCUGAGGCAGUUGGGUGCGCAAUUAACCCCGAGCCAGCUGCAGGAGUUCCAUAUCCUGGAUGAUGAAUCAGACAGCGAAAACCAGCAGUGUGGAUUUUCCACCAACUCGGAGUUGCAGCUGCAAGCUCUGUGGGCCGGAGUAUUGGACAUCCCAGCGGAUUCUAUCAAGCCGAGCGACCACUUCCUUCAGAAGGGAGGUGACUCCGUUCGCGCCAUCAGCCUUGUUGCAGCGGUUCGUCGGGAGUUGGGCAAGACACUAACCGUUGGUGACAUAUUCGCUCACCCGCGUUUGAAUAAGAUGGCAAUGUGCCUGGAUUCAGAACCUACUCCCGACAUGACUUCAACAACACAAGUCGCAACGAAGUCGAUCAACGAGGACAUUGCCCCAUUCGCGCUCGUCAGCGAUGAUGAUGGAGAUUACUCUGACGUCCUUGAUCACGCAGCCCAAGAAUGCAAUGUCCAAACUGAGGAGAUCGAGGAUGUUUACCCUUGUACACCUCUCCAGGCGGGUAUGAUGGCUGUCUCUACCUACGAGCCUGAAGCAUACGUUGCGAAGCGCGUUUUCAACAUUCCCGAUGACAUUGACCUGGAGUUGUUCAAGCAAGCUUGGAUCAAGGCCAUUGAGUCGAUCCCCAUUCUGCGCACGAGGAUCGUACCCAGUCCCGAGUUUGGCACUUGGCUUCAGGUAAUCUUGAAGAAAGAGACCCCGACUUUCCACGAAAUUCGUGGCUCCGUCAAAACAUACCUCUCACAACAGAAAGAGAGCUGGAGAGUUGACUACGGGCGGCCACUCACUACAUACGGCAUCGCACCCCGCUCCCGCCGAUUCGUGUGGGCCAUCCACCAUGCCUUGUACGAUGGCUCUACAGCAGGCAAGCUGCUCGAGGCUGUCCAGGGACUUUACAACGGUGUUGCUUUACCAAGCUCACCAGCUCCAGCAUUUAAUCGUUUCAUUGCUCAUCUCAAUAGCGUAGACUCCGCAGUGUCAGCUCAGUUCUGGCGUCAGAGCUUGGGUGCCAGCGGAUCGCCUGCUACUUUCCCGCGUCUCCCAUCCGCCGGCUAUCGGCCACGCCCAGAUUCAGAGUUCAAAUUUUCGUUUGACAUGACGCAUGAUGCGACAACUGGUAUUCUUAAGACAACAAUCUUGCGAGCCGCAUGGGCUUUCGUGACUGCAAGGUACAUGGAAAGCGACGACAUCGUCUUUGGGGAGACUCUCUCCGGCAGAAACAGCAGUGUGGCUGGAAUUGAAGACAUGAUGGGUCCAUGCAUCACAACUAUCCCUAUGCGGGCGAAGCUUGACGGCCAUCUAACUGUCGGACAAUACUUGAGCCAGAUGCAAACCCACUACACAGCCAUGAUGCCAUUCCAACACGCCGGACUACAAGCUAUCAGGGCAAUCGGCCCCGAGGUCAGAUCUUCUCUGGACUUCAAUAACUUGUUCGAAGUUGUCGUGCCCGAAACUAUGGGCCAGACUGAUGCUGAAUUCAUCCACGAAAUCGAGCAUCCCCAGCUAUUGGAAGGGUUCUUCGACUCCUACGCCGUGGUUAUGGAAUGCGUUCUGCGCAACAGCAACGUCUCAUUGGAGAUUAGAUUUGAUCAGAAUGUCCUUUCCGCUUGGCAUGUGGAGCGGCUCUGUGGCCAUUUCAAGCAGGUGGUCCGCCAGCUCUCGUCGCUGAGCUCAGAGACCGACCAGGCCAAGAGCCUUGACAGCGUGGACAUGACAAGCCCGGAAGACCUGGCUCUCAUUCGUUCCUGGAACAGCAACAGUGCCACCGACUGUGUCAACUCUACCGUGCACAAGAUCUUCGCUGAACAAGUCAGGUUGCGUCCUCGUGAGCUGGCCAUUACCGGCUGGGAUGGCGACCUGACUUAUGAGCAGCUUGAUAACCUUUCGACAACCCUCGCAAAAACGUUGGUCUCGCGCUGGGGUGUCAAAUCGAAUGACAUCAUCCCGUUGUGCUUCGAGAAAUCCAAGUGGGCUAUCGUCGCAGCCAUGGCCGUGGUCAAGGCUGGCGGUGCUGUAACCCAGCUAGGAGUCACUCACCCCCUGAGUCGGAAGAUGGAAGUGCUGCAGCAGACGAGCGCCAAGUUCGUUAUUACUUCACCGAAGCAGGCGAGCAUCUUCCGUACUAGCGAUACGAUGACGCCUCUUUUGCUUGUGGACGACCAGCGCAUCCAACACAUGCAAUUGACCCAACAGGUAGAGCGAGCAACAAUUUCUCUGCCCCAGGUUUCGCCCCGAGACCCUGUGUAUGUCCUCUUCACCUCGGGGAGCACUGGACGAUCCAAGGGUAUUGUCGUAGAACACGGAAAUCUCUGCACCAGCUCUAGCGCUCAUGGCGCUGGCUUCAACAUCAACGCAGGUACUCGGGUGUUCCAGUUUGCUGCUUACACGUUUGACGUUAGCUGCGCUGACAUCUUCACUUCUCUACAACGCGGUGCGACUAUCUGCGUGCCCUCUGAAGAGGAGCGCGUCGACGACCUGGCUGGGGCCAUCACAAAGUACAAUGCGAACUGGAUGUUCGCCACACCAACAGUUGCGCAGCUGAUUGCGCCCGAGUUGGUACCCACACUUCGCACCCUUGUCCUCGGUGGUGAGGCGCCCACCAAAGACAACGUCGAGACAUGGGCUGGCCGCGACGAUCUUUCUCUUCUGUUCUGCUGGGGCCCCGCCGAGACAACUAUUUAUGCAUCGACUACGCCUCCGAUUACCCUGGAGAGCGCUCCAGGUCGACUAGGACAGGCUAUGGGCUGCAAGAUGUGGCUUUGUGACCCUAGUGAUCACAAUAAGCUUACCCCCAUCGGAUGCGUUGGUGAAAUCGUGGUUGAAGGCGGAAUCGUUUCCAGGGAGUACCUUGGAGACGAGGCCAAGACUUCGGCAGCCUACAUCCAGGAUCCUGACUGGGUUCAGUACGCCGCUUAUGACGGCAUCAGCACUCACCAACGCAUGUACAAGACCGGCGAUUUGGCGCGCUAUGAUUCUGAUGGAAUUAUGCGUUAUGUCGGCAGAAAAGACAACCAGGUCAAACUCCAAGGCCAACGGAUUGAACUUGGUGAGGUCGAGCAUCGCCUCCGCGCCCAUUCGAGUGUUUACCGAGCAUUGGCUCGAGUUCCUAGGGCUGGGCCUCUGAAAGACAAGCUCGUGGCAAUCCUCAGCUUCAACGCCACUGUUUCGGAACAGGAGCGCGAGCAGUCCAGCAGCAGCCAGCUCACCCCACUAGGCGAUGCUGCCAGACAGCGCAUGAACGUCGAGUUCGAGGACAUCCGGCAGACGCUGGCCCGCGCCCUACCCAGCUACAUGGUCCCCUCGAUUUACAUUGCCGUUGAAGCCAUUCCUUUGAGCGGCAACGGCAAGGUUGAUGCAAAGCAAUCGGAGCUGUGGCUGCAAGAGAUGGAUCAGGCGCUUUACGAGACUCUCAUGAACACAAUGCUCGGUGCCCAGGAGAGCUCCCAGCAGCAUGCAUCAACACCCGAAGAGGCCAUUGUGUUGUCUUUGGUUAGCCAGGUACUCAAUAUGCCAGAUGGCAGUGCCCGGCUCAACCUGUCGUUCUUGAGCCAAGGAGGAGACUCUAUUACAGCAAUGCAGCUGCGUUCCAAAGCCCGUGCUGAGGGCCUCAACUUGACUAUGCAGGAUAUUCUCAAGUCGCAGAGUCUAUCCGCCCUCGCAUCUGUCAGCAAAUCUACCAACACAGCUACUCAAACAAACGAAGAUACACCUCACAUAGUGAUGCGACCGGAAGAGCCGGCAAGCAACUCAUUUGCCUUGUCGCCAAUCCAACAGCUGUUUUUCGAUACAGCUGCCCGCUCUUCUUCUCCCACCUCUCACCAUUUCAACCAGAGUUUCAUGUUCAAACUUAGCAAGAAGUUCACUGCACAGGAAAUGCGAGUGGCUCUGGAAGCCCUUGUCGCUCGCCAUGCCAUGCUCCGUACCAAAUUCACCCAAACAUCUGACGGCCAAUGGUCGCAGAGCAUCACGGACCGUGCAAUCCACGAGUCUUUCAGCUUUACCGCGGAUCAGACCCACGAUACCUCUGAAGUUUCCCAGAUUCUACUGACACGCGGUGGAAACCAUGGCAUGGGCAGCAUUCAAGACGGGCCACUCUUCCUCGCACACUUGUUUGACGUCGGCAAAGAGUCCUCAGAGCAGUUGAUUUUCCUCAGUGCUCAUCAUCUGGUCGUUGAUCUGGUCUCGUGGCGAAUCAUUCUCAGCGAUCUCCAAGACCUCCUGACCAAAGGCUCAAUGACUCCCAGCGCGUCAACUUCUUUCCAGGCAUGGCUACGUCUGCAGCAGGAGUACGCAUCGACCCUCAACACCAAAUCUGUCCUGCCAUACAGCGAGGUUCCGGCCGCUCAGCUUGACUACUGGGGAAUGGAUGCGACCAGUGCUAACACAUUUGGCCAAAUGAUUGAAACCGAGUUUCUCCUGGAUGAAGCCGUAACAACCAAGCUUUUCGGGUCUAGCAACCAGGCUUUCAAGAUUGAGCCGGUAGACAUCAUCCUAGCCGCCAUCAUGACAGCUUUCGGAAGCGUCUUUACAGACCGGACUAUGCCUCCCAUCUUUGCGGAAGGUCAUGGACGUGAGUCAUGGGACGACAGCGUCGACCCGAACGGCAUUGUGGGAUGGUUCACUACAAUGAGCCCAGUCCAUAUUGCCGCUCCAUCGGUUGAUUUGGUCGAGAAUGUUCGCAAGACCAAGGACACGCGACGUAGAAUCCCACGCAACGGUAUGCCUUAUUUCAGCUCCAGGUUCUUCAACAAGGAUUGUCAAGAGCAGUUUGGCAAGGAUGCUGGCCCGGUUGAAAUCCUGUUCAACUAUGUUGGCAAGUACCAACAACUAGAGACCAAGGAUGCUCUCUUCACGGAGGCCGACCAAGACAUAUGGCGCUCUGCUGCAAAGGUUGGCGCCGAUGUGACCCGGUUCUCCCUCAUCGAUAUUUCUGUUGGAGUUGCCAACGGCAAGACUCGAGUGGCCUUCGGACACAACAAGAACCUUCUUCACCAGGAAAAGAUUGGUAGCUGGAUCAGCACUACGCAAGACAUCCUGACCCGUGGCGCAGAGGCUCUCAAUGAAAUGAGUGGAAGUCAGACCAUCGGUGAUUUCCCCCUGAUGCUCCGCCACCUGGAUACUGAGCAGCUCCUUGCGGUAGAGGAGAAUCUUUCUAACGCCGCCAUCCCCAUGAACAAUGUGCAUGAUAUGUAUCCUUGCACACCGAUGCAGCAACACAUAUUGGCUGCGCAGGAACAACAGCGACAGCAACCUAACGGCCGGCAACAUGUCUAUGAGGUCGACGUAUCUCACCGGCUUCUUUCACGCUCAACCAAAUCCUCGAUCUCACCAGAAAAGCUUCAAGCCGCGUGGCAGCAUGUUGUCAAUAAGCACAGCAUUCUACGCACCAUUUUUGUAGCCACUGCAGCUGCUAGUGGCCGACCUGCGAGCCACUUCCAAGUCGUCCUUUCAUCAUACAAAGCUCAAGUACCCAUCAUCAAGUGCGACAACGAGACUGAGCUUCUUCGCCUCGUCAAAAGCCACAAAUCUGUCGAGUAUCAAACCCUCGAGAAACCUCAUCACAGCUUCACCUUGUUCUCAACCAAUGAUGGCCGCAGCGUCAUGUGCAAGCUUGAGAUCAGUCACGCCCUCAACGACGGUAUGUCCACUGGCAUCCUGUUCCGGGAUCUUGAGGCGGCAUACCGAGGCAGUUCAAAGGCCCUGGCGAAUGUGCCACACGCAGAUGGAUCCUUCGGUGACUACAUGACCUGGUUGGAGGACCAGCGCACAGAGCAAGCAGCCGAUUACUGGCGGAAGCUUCUCGUUGAGGUGACUGGAAGCACAACUGCAACUUUGCCCAAGUCCAGCGAACUCGGCCGACUUCAACAAGCUCCAACCCAGAAAUCCCUAGAGAUCAACCUCAACCCCACACUUAUGGCCGCACUUCCAUCAUUCUGCCGCGACCAUGGCAUAACACCGGCGACUUUCUUCCAGGCGGUCUGGGGCCUUGUGCUACAGACGCAGUCGCAGUCGCCUCGGAUCAAGGAGGGAAGGAAGAUGGCGACAGCUGCCACACCGUUCUUUGGAUACAUGACGGCCAACCGCGAUAGCGUCGACGGAUCCGAAGAAAUGGUUGGGCCCCUGACCAACAUGCUGAUGUGCCGUGCCGAUGUUCAGCCUAAUAUGCGAAUUGGCGAGUUGCUGCGAAGAAGGCAAGGAGAGUUCUUGGAGGCUUUGCCUCAUCAGUUCGGACUGGACCAGGCUGUUGAGGAGUUGAUGGAGAAAAUGGAAGGCGAAGAAGGAAAACUGGGCCGACUGUGCAACUCUGUGAUGAGUUUGCAGUAUAUUGAUGCGGACGGUGGGCACAUUCCACAAAGCGCUGAUAGCCGUCACCCUGCUGGUCGGACAGUGGGACCCAUGACACGCAGUCGUUGCGUCUCGGAGUCCAUCCCUAGGCCGCUUCCAUCAGAACACGCCCGUCUUGCUAAUAGCGGACGGAAGGCAAGACAUGUCAGUUGGGGCGGUCCCAACAGGUUACCUCUCUCUGAGAAAGCCAACAUCGAAGACGAUAGCAUCACCUUCCGUCCUCUGGCGUACCGCGACCCCAACGACUACGACAUCAGCCUGGGUGUCCAAAUCAUGAAAUCCGGAGGAGCUGGUCUGGCAAACAGCCGAAACACCAUCCACGCCAAGGCGCAGUUUGUCUACUGGACCGAUGCCGUCACCGAGACAAAAGCAAAUAUGUUGAAGAGGGCUUUUGAGAAGUGCGCUGAAGAGCUUAUCAGCGACGCAACGGGAUGCCUGAGAGUUUGGAUGCUGCUGAGGAGAGUGGCACUUUCUAUCUAA